AUGUCGACGACCAAGUCGACCGCACCUGAGACGUCAAACUCCUUAGGCUCUCCCACGACGACCACGCAGAUCCUCCCCGUAACUGCUGCAGUCCUUUCGAGCGUGGAUGAACAAAUAACGAAAGACUUUGGCUUUCUGCCGAUUCCCCCCAGUUUGCGCUAUGAUCCUGAACACCCGGCGCAUUUUGGACUGCUUUUGAAUGCGACCUUUGGCAUUGCGAGUACCUUCAUCGUCGCGAACUUGUACUAUUGCCAGCCUUUGCUAAUUCAAUUCUCAAAAUCGUUUAAUGUGACAUACGAUGAAGUGUCGAGGAUACCAACACUUGUGCAGGCGGGCUAUGCUACGGGCCUUCUGACGAUAUCUGUCCUGGGCGAUCUACUCCGGCGAAGGCCUCUCCUAUUAUUCCUCAUUUUCAUCAGUUCUUCAUUGACCAUCGGGCUCGCGGUCACCAAGAGUCUGGUCGCCUUCGAAGUGCUGACGUUCCUCGUUGGCAUGAUGAGUAUAGCACCACAGAUCCUCAUGCCGCUCGCAGCGGACCUUGCGCCGCCUGAGCGCCGGGCAUCCGCGCUCUCGAUCGUUCUAGCAGGGCUACUCCUGGGCGUGCUCAUCGCACGGGUGGUGGCGGGCGUGAUUGCCCAGUUCGUGACCUGGCGCGUGGUGUACUAUCUUGCCAUAGGCCUGCAAUUCGGCGUUUUGCUCUUGCUGUACCUCGUCCUGCCCGACUAUCCCGCGCGCAACAAAGGCGCGACGUACAUUGGGAUAAUGGCAAGCAUGGUCAAGUUCCUGUUUACGGAGCCGCUGCUCGUCCAGGCGGUCUUUAUUAACAUCCCCUCGAGCGCGUGCUUCACAAACUUCUGGGUGACCCUGACAUUCUUACUCGGCGGACCCCCUUAUCACUACUCCACCCUCGUUAUCGGCCUCUUCGGCCUGGUAGGCAUGUUCGGCGUCGCGAUGGCGCCUCUGGUAGGACGCGUGAUCGACGGGCUCGUCCCGUGGUUCUGCGCGCUCUUCGCGGUCCUCGCCCUGCUCGUCUUCCAAGCGAUCCAGGUCGGUGCGGGCGGCGUGAACAUCGCCGCGGUCGUGCUCGUCUGCUUCGGGCUCGACGUCUUCCGCCAGAUGUGCCAGGUCUCGCUCACGACCUCCGUCUUCGGGCUGGACGCCAACGCGCGCUCCCGGCUCAACGCCGUCCUCAUCAUCUCGAUCUUCAUCGGGCAGCGGCGCCCCGCAGCGGCGCUCUCGCUCGCAUGGACGGGCUUCAUGCUCGGCGUGCUCCUCUUGCGCGGCCCGAACGUUCCGCGGUACACCUGGUUUGGGUACGCCGGCGGGUUCGAGGUGCGUAAGCGCAAGCUCGACGAGCGUGCGCGCCUCGCGGAGGAAGACGUCGAGAAGGCCGUCGCUGCGGACGUCGACGCGAGCGGGCACGCGGCUGGGGGUGGCGAUACGGAGCGGGAGAAAUACUCGGAAAUGGAGGUCAGAUCGGUUGGAGAUGAGGAAAGCGACAUAAGGGAGGAGAACGGCUCGGGGCACGGAGAGGUGGUUGAUAGUGAGAUAAGGGAGAGCGAGGUAGAGAAGGAACCCGGUUAG